CAAUGAUGAUUUUUAGCACUCUGGAGAGCGAGACUUUCAGCGCAUGCGCAAAAUUUAACUUCCUUUCAAAUCUGUCGAAAUGGUCAACGUACCAAAAUCAAGAAAGACCUUCUGCAAGGGGAAAAAUUGCAAAAAGCACACCCUUCACAAAGUCACCCAGUACAAGACCGGAAAAGCCUCCCUCUUUGCUCAGGGAAAAAGAAGAUAUGACAGAAAACAGAGUGGUUUUGGAGGUCAAACAAAGGUCAUCUUCCGUAAAAAGGCGAAAAUUACGAGAAAAAUCGUACUAAGAUUAGAAUGCACAGAUUGUAAAUACAGGAAACAGCUGGCCAUCAAACGAUGCAAACACUUCGAGUUGGGAGGAGAGAAGAAGAGAAAGGUAAGAAAAAUGGCUGCAUCUAUUUACAUAUUCAUAGGGUCGGAUUCAGGAUAUGAUAUUUAACAGUUGUGGCAUGAAAUACUGUAUAGGGAGGCCAAAGGCUGUCUUGGGCUUAAUGUGGGCCCUGAGUGAAGCCAUAAUGGAUUAAUGAAAUAUACCUGAUGGGGUUCCUGACAGUUAGAUGUCUUAGGGAAGUUCUGAAGUACACUUUAAAAUAAAAAUGCAAUAUGGACUAGGGCUGAAACGAUUCACCAAAAUAUCGAUACUAUUCAAUAGAAAUGCUCAGGGGUAGACAUAAACUUUUCUUCCUACUUGCCCUUUGAGCAAGUAAACUCAAAGUUUUACUUGUCCGAAUGAAAAACUUAGUUGUCCGAAAUAUUUUGGACUCUAAUUAAGCCUGUCAACCAGUAACUCUCAUUAUCUCUCUCUGUCAAUUGGUACGAUCUACUAGAAUGGGCCUUUACUAUAAUCUGACAAUUUGGUAAAGAAAACAACAAUAUAUGGAGUUUGACUUUACUUUCUAUAAAUAUUUGAUAUUCAUCAAGCUUAACACAAUUAUUAUAAUAAUCACAUUUCCUACUGAAAAAAAUCACUUGCCCCAUUGGGCAAGCGUGUAUUGAGUUUCACUUGUCUGAACUGGGUUUUCACUUGCCUCGAGCAAUCGAACAACCGUUAAUGUCGAUCCCUGGUGCUUGAUUCAAUGUUUGAUUUAUUGCCUCAUUAUUCGGUUUGAUACAUUUUUUUUUAAAAUUUGGAUCAGUAAAUUACAUCGAGCUUGAACGCAGGGGUGUGAUUUUUCCUCUUUUCAGAGGAAAUUCCCUGAUUCGCUUUAUUUUUUUUAAAAAUUGAAUCGCCCUGGGUUUGAUCGAAAAUGACAGAAAAUGAUAUUUUUCCAGGUAGGGUGAGGUGUUUUCCUUCCCUUUUGACCAGUUUUCCUCCGAUUUCCGAGGAAUUCGAUCACAUCCCUGUGACCUGCACUUGUUAUUUUUAUAUGCAUGAGGGAAUCGAAAUGGUCUUCGAUAACGGUCAGACUGUUGUUGGCCUCGAAUCUUACAAAAAUUAUAAUGAACUUAAUCAGUUUUAACUACGUAGCCAACUGUCAUCUUGCUUUGGAGUGGUUUGGAAACAUUUUGCAUUUAAAAUUGUGACUGAAUCUUCGUAAUUAUAUUUUUCUUCGAAGUUAUUAUUGGUUUCUUCUGUAAAAUGUUUCGUAUUGAAAAUAUUGAAUAGUGACAUAAGGAUUGCAAUACGUAUCAUAUUGUGAAAAUUGCAUAUCGUUUCAGCCUUUAUAUGGACAACUAAAUUAUGAUUGCUCCAUAGUUUGAAAGAUUUUCAGAUGUGCAGCCCUGUCUGGAUCUGCACGGUUUCGGUUACACAGUGGGUUGCAUAGGAGUAAAAUUUGUGCCACUGAGCUAGUGAAGUCUAUGUGAUCAAUUCUCAAUUACGAAGGAAAACAACCUACAAGCAAACAAAUAUUUGUAAUUUUUUCAAUCUCAGUCUUGCUCAAAUUUCAUCCACAAGUAAUAGUCAAGCAAAAGUGAUUUGAAAUGAUAACAACAACAAUGGCAUCAUAGUCCUGGAUUUAUGAAAGGGACUUGUAAGUUGUUAAAAGAACCUGUUUGAAGUCUGUUUUAAAUAGAUGUCCAUUACUCAAAACAGGCAGUGUUUCUUUAAUAAUACGUUAAAAAUGAGUUGUGGUACUUCAAGGUCCUGUAUGUGUACGUUUAUUAGCAUAUUCAGAAUUUGGUGCUGAACUGAAUUUUGAUGUUAUCCUGGUUUAGCGCUUCUUCUGUACAUAAUAAGCCGGUCGUGGUAGUUCAGUGGAUAGUGUUCUCUUCGUAACUGGGAGGUUGUGAGUUCGCGCGAGCCCUGCUCGUGCCAUUUCCACGUCUAACUGAAGACGUUAACAUAGUUAGUGGCAGCUCUUUCUCCCAACGAUCAGCAUUUAGUAUUGAAAAUCGAGGAUCUUUUGGAUAUGGCCUUCAAAACCGAGGUCCUGUGUUGCGGCUGGUGUUGACACCUUAAAUUUUAUGGGCAUGUAUUUGAUGGAUCUAAAUGGCCCUAUAGAUAUGUUGAACUUUCAUAUCUCGCACUGCGUAUCUCGCGCUGUGUUUUGAUUUGAAUGACCCUAUAUGUGUGUUGAACUUUAAUAUCUCACGCUGUGUUUUGAUUUGAAUGACCCUAUAUAUGUGUUGAACUUUAAUAUCUCACGCUGUGUUUUUCUUUCUUUUACAGGGACAGAUGAUCAUGUUCUAAGCUGUUAAAGUAUUCUGUGCUGUAAAUAAAGAGGGAAAACUCA